AUGGAAGUGCCGGAGGGCCUGGGACUGAACCAGGAUAUUCAUGGCGAGAAUGCGACCCUUGAUCUAGAGGACAGAGAGCUCCAGGAGGGCUGGGUGAGAGUGAGAGUGGAGGAGAGCUGGUUCACUGUGGAAAGGGCCUUACUAGCGAGCUACAGCGACUACUUCCGUGCUCUUUUCCAUUCUGGGAUGAUAGAAAGCCGGCAGGGUGAGCUUCACCUGAAGGGAGGAGUGCAUGCCAGGGGUUUCCUCAUCGCCCUUGCCGUUUGCAGGGGGGAGGUUCCUACUAUGAGUGACCCGGACGAGCUUGUAGAUGCCGUUGAGUGUGCGGCUUUCCUGCAAGUUCCACUUCUGAGUCAGCAUCUUUGUGACAUUAUCGACUCAGACAACUGCCUCUUGCUUUAUCACGCAGCCUCCACUUUCGGAGUACAUACGCUUUUUCACAGUGCUGCUCUUUUCCUCUGUGAUGCGUUUGAGGACCUACAAGAAGCAGCCGAGAGCACAAUCCCAGACAGCUUGCGAAAGUAUUCUCAGUCAUUAUCUCCUGCAACUUUUAUUGCGUUAGGUACCCACAGUCCUUCAAUGGAGCUGCUACAAGACUCCUUUAGGGUUGUUUGCUACCUUGAUGAGAAAGAGGGAGAGUGGAAGCAUCUGACAAACCUCCCAACUCUCUGUAGCACCUCCAUGGCUGGUGUUGCAGUGCUUGACAACCGCUUGUACAUUGUAGGUGGAGUUUAUGGUUAUCAAAAGGACACGGUGGACGCCAGCUUCUGUUACAACCCUGAGUCAGGAGUCUGGACUGCACUUCCUGGUCCACAGCAACCAAGAUAUGAUUUCACCUUGCUGGGACAUGAAGGCCGACUCUAUGCCAUUGGAGGGGAGUUCCAAAAACGGUACAUUUCCACUGCAGAGAGUUUCGAUAUUGAAAAAGGAGAGUGGACAUUUAUACAACACGCACCAAGACCGGUAGCAUCUGCUGCUUGUGCUGUUGCAAGACGACGGAUGUUUGUUUGCUUCUGGAGGCCACCGGAUACAACAGAUAUCUAUGAAUAUAUACCAGUGAAAGAUGAGUGGAGACUAACCACCACCAUGAUCAGACCUCAAAGCUAUGGGCACUGUAUGGUGGCCCAUAGGGACAAUUUGUAUGUGAUGCGCAACGGGCCUUGUGAUGACUUCCUUCGCUGCUUAAUGGACUGUUACAACAUUACAACAGGCCAGUGGACGGCCUUGUCCGGACACUACAUAAACAGUAAAGGAGCACUGUUCACCGCAAUGAUAAGGGGGGAUUCAGCGUUCACAGUUAAACACAUGCUAACUCUUGUAUACAGUAUUACUGAAGGUGGGUGGAAGCCCCGCAGGCAGAUGAAGGGAUUUCCAAAGAGUGGUUCACUGUGGACGUGUUUACUCAGACUUCCCAAGACGGGACCAGUUAUACCACAGCUGGAUGAAGAAAGGAAGGAAGAAGAAAUGGAUUCGCCAGAUACAUCUGAGGGAUUUGGGGAAGCUACACUGCAACUGUGAAGAGACAACCAAAAACCAGCGCAAUGUUUACAGGGGAAUAGAAGUCUAAAGUUGACACCGCAGAUUCACAACGCGACAAGUGGAAAACAGUUCAUACGGCAGAUCGUUUUCGUAGCAAUGACUCUCUUUACUUCCAUUCCAUCUGCUUUCCUGGAGUUUCAGCAGCUGGAUGUAAUUUGUAAAGUUCUAGUGAUUUGCAUGUGUCCGUGUGCUUAGGUGAAGUUUGUGUAAGGGUCUGUAGUU